ACUCACACAAGAAUGAGGCAAAUUGAUGGCUAACAACAUGGCGGCUGCAUAAUUUUUUUGGGACAGCGCAAAGUACCAAUUUAGCUGCAUGUAUUGGUGAAUCUAAUAUGGAAGUGGCACUUGGUGUUUUUGAUGAGCCAAUAAAGAAAACUUCGAAUGAUUUGGAUGAGGAUUUUCUUUCAAGGCCAGCCACAACAGCCUUAGAAUACCUCAGACAAGUUCAGAGAGAGGCAGCUCAAUGUCCAGAUGUUGUGGUUGCUACACAGUUUACAAGAAAUGAAGGAGAAUCCAUCAAAAACCAAUAUAGUGAGAUCAGAAGCAGAUUGACACCAGCACCCAGUAAUUUCAUUCCCAAUUUAGCAUGGCAACGGGAACAAGCAUCAAAUUUUGCGGAAAUUAGGCAGCAACUGAACUACUUCAAAUCUAGAGGUUUUGAGCGACCUUUGCAUGAAAUCAAUGACAUUCAACUGCCAAACAGAACUUCUGAGGGUGCUUGGUGCAGGUUUUGUCUAGGUAAAGAAAAGUUUCAAGAAGUUGAAAGAAGAAAAAGAGGCCAGUCAGGUAAUGCUACAGGGGAUGCAAGAAAAGAUGACAGCGAUAAUGAAAAUCCGAUCGGUGCAGUUUCUAAGGGUAAUGAUCCACUGCUCUCGAUUGUCACUAGAAUGAACCAGUGCACUGUUACUGAUGUUUUGGAAUACAAUGUUACUUGGCUACAGUAUAUCGGAUUCUCCGAGAGACAGGGGAAAUGGCUGUUUGCAUUACUGGUUUGUCUAGAAAAACCCUUGUUACCAAGUGUCUCAUCUUUGCUUCGCAAUUUGGCAAGACGAUGUGCUGAUCUCAGAGCUUCAUUGUCAGAUGAAAAUGAUACAAGACUGCCUCCACUCAAUUUGAUUAUCACUGUUGUUACUAGGUACUUUGAUCAGACUGAUCUUGCAGACGAGCCUUGAGCAUCUAAAUGCCGGAAGAAACCUAUAAACAAACAUACAAGGUCCAACAAUGCACAUGGAAGCAACAGCUGGACGAUGAUUGGUUAGGCUAGAGCCUUCUGGCCUGUUGUUGUUGAUAAGGCCGAAUGCUGCUGUAUAUGUACCGACGAAGAGAAGGCAUAAUUUACUUGAUCUGCUGUUAGAGCCAGUUGAAAACAGCACUUUUUGCAUUGCAAGCCCUUUUUCAGGUACAAAGUAUUCAAUAAUGAGAUAAAUUAGCAUAUGAAAAUUGAAUAGGAUUUCAGCAAAACAAGUUGUC